GGUUAUCCUUUUUCAUUCCCGAAGACGAAGACAAGCUAUUCAAUCGAAGUCAAAGCAUUAUCUGAGAUUCAAGAUGUCUCAAGCUCAAGUCGUAGCUCCUGUUGCAGCAAAACCUAAAAGACAACGUAAGGCAGUUCCAGCUCAUCCAAAGUUCAUUGAUAUGGUUAAAGAUGCCAUUGGAACAUUAAAAGAUCGCAAUGGUUCAUCUCGUCAAGCAAUUUGCAAGGUGAUCCUUGGCAAAUAUCCAAGUGUAAACCCAAGCACGAUGAACAGCCAUGUUCGUAAAGCUUUGAAAAGUGGCCUAGAAUCUGGUACUCUAACACGACCAGCGCGUUCUUCUGCCACUGGUGCAACCGGACGAUUUAAGUUGGGGGCAUCAAAGUCAACAGAGCCUGCGAAGAAAAAAGCAGCAAAGCCAAAGAAACCAGCGUCGACCAAAAAAAGACCUGCAAAGAAAGCCGGAGCAAAGAAAACUGCAAAGCCAAAAGCCAAAUCACCUCGUAAGAAGACAGUCACGAAGAAGAAAUCGACUGUAAGCAAGAAAUCGACAAGCACCAAAACGAAGAAAGCCAGCCCGAAGAAGAAAACAAAACCUGCAACAAAGAAGGUCGCGAAGAAAGCUAAAGCAAAGAAGGCUCCGAAAAGCCCAGCUAAAAAAUAAACCUGUCCUUGUGACAGAAAAACAACGGCUCUUAUAAGAGCCACCACAAAUACAAAAGAAAUAAACGAAAUAUUCUCAAUUUUCGAGCGAAUAUUUGAAAGCUUGUCAAAAAAUUCCGCUCUUAUUCGCGGUUUAGUUGUCUCGCGGAAUUUGCGAAUUUUUAAAUAU